AUGACCACAGAAACACAAAACUUCAAGAAGGCCAAGUUGGCUGAACAAUUGAAAGUCUUCAAAAGAUCUGAAAAUGCCACCUUGCCAACCAGAGGCUCUCCAUUAUCUGCAGGUUAUGAUCUUUAUUCUUCUGAAGAAGCCAUGAUUCCAGCAAAAGGUCAAGGAUUGGUCGCUACAGAUGUCACCAUCAUCGUCCCAAUUGGUACUUAUGGUAGAGUUGCUCCAAGAUCCGGUUUGGCUGUCAAGCACGGUAUCUCCACUGGGGCCGGUGUCGUUGAUGCCGAUUAUAGAGGUGAAGUCAAAGUGGUCUUGUUUAACCAUUCUGACAAAAAUUUCGAAAUCAAGAAAGGUGACAGAAUUGCCCAGUUGGUCUUGGAAAAAAUCGUCAUGGCUGAUGUUGUUGAAAUUCAACAAGCUGAAUUAGAUGAAACUGAAAGAGGUGCUGGAGGGUUCGGUAGUACUGGUAAAUAA